GAGAGAGAGACAUACGUAUACACAUACACACGGGCAGCACGGCUGCGAUCGGUCUCGAACGAGGAGCGGAUAACCCACGUACGAGAACGUACGUCGUGUCGGCCCGUCGUACGCUCUUCCCUUAGGUCGUCAGUUGGAUCGUACGCGUGAACCGACGACCCCCCCCGUAGAUAACAAUGGAGCUCAACGUUGUGGGUACGCCCGUCGGGGCCGUCGCCUGUCCCGUUUGCACCCUGUAUUUGCGCGAGGGCAUCAGUCUGCAGAAGCAUCUGGACACCCACCCCAAGGAACAGGUUAUAGACGCUCUCAUCAAAGCCAGCGCCUCCUCGUUACAGACCCAGCAGCAACAGCAACAGCAGCAGCAGCAGCAGCAAGCUGUACCAGCGUCAGCAGCAACGUCACUACCAUUGUCACUGCAGCCACAAGCUGCGCUUCAGACCCCCACCCCCAUCCAGGCGCCCCAAGCGUCCUCCCAGGUCUCGCAGAACACGCACAUUUCUACACACUCGCCGUACCCUGUAGGACCCAUCUUCGAAUGUCCGCCCAUUAGCGCCAUGAUGCCGCCGCAGUUCACCUCGUUCAGCUAUCAGCAGUUUGUGAACAAUGGGACCAUGAUGAUACCGCAGUACGCGAUGGCGCCGCAGGCCAAUCAGAUGAUGCAGAUGCUGUACAAUCCAUACGGUAUGUACCAACAGCAAAUACCCACCGUCCAAAUGAUCUCACCGGUUGCAGCUAUUCCCGGCGCGGCGACGAGGGUCCGACCAGUGGUCACCAUGGCCGGGGAGAGCAACGUCAGGACCCUGACGGUUCCUGUAAGUAGCCCCGAGCCGAAGCAGAUUCUGCCCGAGAUUCUGCCCGAGGCGGAGCCCGAGCCCGGCCAAGUUAUGCCGGACGUGACCCUCUCGGCCUCGCCUGUGCUGCAGAACGAGGACGCGCCCGUCAGAGCGAGGGAGGAGAGCGACAGCGGCGCGCUGACGUCGAUCGACCACCGGGGACAGCAGGCGCAGAGUUCUGCGCCUCCCGGCGGCGAGGACGCGAUGCAGCACGAGUACAACGCCAUUUCUAGGUCUAUUACAAUCGCCUGCGCGAUAGAUAACACGGUCGACAAGGUGGAGAGCGUGCUGCCGGACAUGGUGGACGAGGAGCUGUCGAGCAGCAUCUCGACCACGGACUUGCAAUGUAAAUCCGUUACGUACGAGCAGCAACAGCAGCCGGAAGCGCAACACUUUACGCAACAGGUCAUUGACGAGGGAUACGUGAGUGUAUCCAGUAGAAAAACGCCCGGCGGGACCGCGGACACCAUGACUUGUGAGCAGGAGGCCGAAGGGAUGAGCGACGAGGGACCCGCGAGUCGCGCCAGCGACAUUAACAGUAACGUCGGAUCGCCGCGGGAUCUGAUAGCGAUGGAUGCGCUGAAGGACUCUGUCCAGCCCGAGCUCAACUCGGUGGAGAAGCUGGAAAACUUGAUAAACAUAAUGGAAACGGAGCUGAAUAACGCUUCGCUGCAGAAGGAGAGUACCACGCCGAACGAUCAGGAGAGACUGGCGGGCGUGAGAGAGAAGGCCGCCGCGGUGGACAGGGAGGAGAGUGUGAUUCAUGAUAUGGUGGUCACCAUCCCGGGCUCCCACGAGAAGGAUCACAUAUUGCCCGACAUACAGGAGGAGAGCAAGUGGGGCUCGGGCGGUUACGUGGCUAACGAACUGAGAAUGCUGGAGAAGACCUGCGACGUCCACUCGUACAGAGUGGACUGCGCCAAGGUGAACGAGGCGCUGGAGAGACUGGAGAGAACUUUUCAUUCGGACGAUUACAAGGGUAGCGUUUCGGCGCCGGUUUCUCCAGUCGCGAGAAGGAAGAGCCGCAGACUCGCGCGCCGCUACAGCUCGCGUUCGGAGCACGGGUCGUGCGAGAAUCUCAGCGCGUAUCGUCGUCGCGCUGGUUACAACGACGUCGCCGCAACCGCGGCCGCCGCGGCCAUGCACGACGACGACGACGAGGACGACGACGAUGACGAGGAUGACGAGGACGACGAGGACGUGGACGAGGACGAGAAGAUCGACGAGGAGGACAACUUCGACGAGGCGGAUAUGGAGAUCGACGAGAUCCCAAGUCCGCACACGCCGUUUGCCGACUGUGGCGUCAGGUCGCACACGCCGCUCUCCACGAUCAGCGGCAUCUCCGUGUUACGAGUUCGGAAGGAUCUCAGCAAGCCGUGCUCACCCACGUCCAUGCACUCGUUUCAUCACGUCGACAGCGACAGCGUGAUGCACGACGACGAGGACAGCGACGGCGCGGUGAACACCGCGGAGAAAGACCCGAUCGACUGCUCGCAACUUGAGGAGGAGAAGAUCAAGACUGAUGAUCAGCAUCAGGAGACGCAGGUGGCAGUGUGCGGAGGUAUCGCCAAGGUUCAGGAGUCGAGCAGCAGUUACGCGUAUCAUCAGUCGGUGAUAACCGAGCACAUCAGCUCGUUCCCGGUUAUACACUCGCAGUCGUCCGUUCUGAUGCACGAGUCGUACUCCAUCACGACGAGCACCAAGACGCAGAACCUCUUGAAUCUUUCCGAAUCGAUCAACCCCACGACCAGUAGCACCGAGUCCAGGAGCUUUCACUCCACCAAGUCGUUGGUGCCGAAACAAUCGAUGGAACUGCUCAACAUUAAUGAAGAUGCUCACGCCGGGCCAAUGAAUGUCUUUGAGUUCGACGGACUACAGAUAUUAGUUCCUAGUACGUUUAUAAGUGACUCGUCCCAGAAAGCGGUGAGCGCGACCAGCCAGCAAUCUAUGGCGAGUAGCGAGGGUGCAAUAGGUAUCGACGAGGAGGUAAAGAGUAUUAACAUGCGCGCCGACGAGACCAUGCCGCCCAGGGGCGAAUUGUCGGAGCAAGAGAGUAAUGGAUGCACCGAGCAGUCCGCAUGGCAGUUGUACAUGGGUCAAGAAUCGUCGCGCAUGUCCACCUCUUACGAUCUGCUGGCUCGAGAAAGCUGGGAAGAGUCGGAAGGAUCCGACAACGAGAUCAGCGGGCCGUUGUUGGAUAGUAGAUCUUUGGCUACUCACUUCACUUCGAGUCUGUUCCUGGAUCGGGACCGAAAGACACCGACCAAACGAACAUUCAAGUGUUCCCACUGUAGCGAAGUGUUUGAUUGCCCGAAGGAACGUAGAGUUCACAGCACAACGGUGCACAAGGAUGCAAUGCCCAGUAGCAGUAGAGACCAGCUGGAUCAGCCGGAGGUGAAGGACAUCAAGUUGUUGGAUAGCCGUAUGAAUAUGUUCGACGACAUAUUCAUGCCGAGUAUACAUAUGCAACAGCACAUGUACCAUCAUCAACAGCCGCUCCUGCACCAAUUGCAGCCACCGUCGCAACCUGGAUCGGACGGCCUUACGAAGGCCGAGGCCGACCAGAAGAUUGGUGAGAAUCUGGUGAUACCGUCGAACAUUGAAGUGAUCUGCACGAUAUGCAAUCAGCGAUUCAAUAGCGAAAAGUCCCUGCAGGCGCAUCACCGGCGCAUGCACAUCGCCGACGUGAACAAACGCAUACGCGAGACCGCCAAGUGCCAGAUAUGCAACGAGGAAUUCCCGUCGGUGUUCCUCUUCAACGCUCACCUCAAGAUACAUCCGUUGGAGUGCGGGCAGUGCGGCAAGUAUUUUUAUCGCAAGCAGAACUUCAAGCUCCACAUGAAACGGCACCUGGGCAUCAAGCCAUUCCCAUGUACCGUGUGCGACAAGGCGUUCCUCACCAAGCAGAAGCUGGAGGAGCAUACCAACGGUCAUACCGGCAACGCGCCCGUCAGGUGUAGUCUGUGCAACGAGACUUUCCGCAGAUACUCGAAUCUGACCCAACACAAGAACAGGCAUCAUCUCAACAUCAAGAAGAAGCUCAAGGACUAUAUAUGCCACUGCGGCGAGGUGUUCCACACGAAGAAGAAGCUCGCCUGGCAUAAGGAGACGCACGACGAGAAGCCCAAGGCGUGCACGUACUGCAACGAGCGGUUUAUCCACAUGGCCAGUCUGACGCGUCACAUGCGUCGCGCCCACAAUCGUCGAUUCGUACCCGACGCUCAGCGCGAGAGCGAAAACGUCGAGUGCCCGAUCUGCAAGUGCAUCUACCUGCGGUCGUCACUGGCGGUGCACAUGCGCGUGCAUAACGGCGAGCGGCCGUACGAAUGUCAGGUCUGCUCCAAGGCGUUCAGCACCAAGUGGAAUCUGCAGUUGCACAAGUGGACGCACGCAGCGCGCAGCACCAAGCCGUUCAAAUGUAAUCAGUGCAGCGCGGCGUUCUACCGUCACAGCGAUUACACGGCCCACAUGAAUUCCCAUCGGAACGUGCGGCCGUACACGUGCAACUACUGCGGCGCGCAGUUCAUCCGCAAGUACAACUGCCUGCGGCACGUGAAGGAGCACGAGGAGAACAAAGCGUACACGUGCGACGUGUGCAACAAGACCUUCCACCGCUCGUACUAUCUCAAGGAGCAUCUGCGGGUGCAUUCGGGCGCGCGGCCGUACACGUGUCACAUCUGCGGUAAAUCCAGUGGUACCAAGUCCAAUCACAACAAGCACGUGCGAAUUCAUCACGCGCGCGAGCCUGUAAAUACCGAGAAUUGAACGAGGAUCGCCAGCUCGUCUACCCACCCACGUUCUCAUUCUGGUGCACUCGUUAUCGCAAUCGGGACGAGUCGGACGACUCAGCGCGGCCGACCGCGCUGUACUUAUAGCGAGAUUAUCGCUAAUCCCUCAAUUUACGCGGUAAACAAUCCCUCCGUUUGCGCGGUCUUAGUUUUACGCGAUCUCAUGUUACACGGUCAGAAUAUAUUUUAUUGAAAUUGUUAUAUAUCAGUAAGCUCUUACUUGAUUGUAUUUGUCGAAACAACCUGAUUUCUUUCGAUUGACUCGUGAACACUUUAAAUUUAUUUGCACGUGAUGACAAAUUUUUUAAGAAACUUUUCUGCUUUCGUCAGUACUGUUUUUAUGCAAAUAUGUAAAAUAAAUAUUUUUACAACGUACAACACAAGCUUUCCUCUUACUCUACUGUUCUCUACUUUCUUUGCACUAGCAGGCUUUGUUUUUUUAUGCAAUUCUUAACUGGUUAAAAAAAAAAGAAGACGUGGAACUCCGCGUAAAUCGAGGGACAAGUGUACUGCGUACAGUUUUCAGGAACUGGAACCAUACUUUUACAUUUUUGAUCGGGUAUUGAUGUAAUAUCUUGACGAGUUUCGGGCCUCCACGCUCGUGGACGCUCCUCAGUGUGCCUGUGGCACGUUAGAAGCUGAGCUCGUCGAAUGUAUAAUCAUGGUGUUAAUCCUAGUUUUGAACCGAUUUUCGAACUGGCUUGGUUCAGCCUGAAUUCUACACGGGACAGUCCUGCUAACUGGUUAGUAAUUUGCUGUCCUCUUUCUAAAUUAUAGCUACAAUUACCGUCGGUACUACGAAAAUUUAGUUAAGAUUAUUUAGCGCCGAUCGACGUAUGGACAACGGCAGUCGAUGUUUCAUUGUACUCGAUCGGAGACACCGUACGCGUUUGCGAUACGGAAGGAAAUAUUUAACGAAUAUGUACGGCUGUACGCGUAUACGCGCCGACAAUGAAGACAAUUAAGUCACCGUAACGGUAUUCGAGUGCUGAGUCUAAAGCACUGGGUCUACUGUUAAGGGUUUUUAUUCGAUUUCGUAUAUACGAGUAUAUAUUACGUUAUACAUGCCGUACAUUUUUAAUAUUAUUAUACUAUAAAGGUACAUGAAUUUUUUAUAUAUCCGAAAGUGUCUUAUGGUAACACUUUAAGCAUUGCCAUACGUAGAAUAAUUCGGAGACAUGUUAUUAACUUUGUCGUCCGUGCGGUUUAAUUCUAGACAAGUAAAUUCAUCUUAUCUAAAGUCUCCUUUCUUUUUUUUUGGUUGAUUCAAUCGCUAUUGAAUUACUAUAGCUGUUAUAUUAUUAUAUUUUUUUGUUAGUAAAUGCGAGGUAUUUUUUUUAUUCCUAAGAGAUUCAUUAACACAUCAUUUUUUGGCAUGCGUAUAAUAUUUAAACUAUGUUAAAAUGUGAUUUAGUUUAAUUUAACGUGAAGCACUUGAAAGAAAAGAAAUCCUUAGAUAUCCAAGCGUUUAAGAUUAGUACGAGUAUUCUAAGGACUUCUUUGUUCCAUAGCAAUUUUCAAACUUCAAAGAAAAAAGCACGCGUAUGCAUGUUGUGUAUAUAUGCAUUAAUUCUAUUAUUCCGACAAUUGUAUUGUAGCACGUUGCAAUUAUUUAUUUCUUAUUUAUUAAAGUAAAAGGAAAUAAAAAUAGACAAAAAUUUCAUAUUAUAAA